UUCCAACUUAGCAUCUUGGCAUACGCGACUAGAUUUUCCCAUGCAGGGCAGGCGAAGCCCCCCUAAAAAGUCUGUUUGACGGCCGAAAGCAAGAAUAGGCACCAAAAGACAGGAGCUGCAACUUUCAUGACAAGCAAAAACAACUGGAGAAAGGGAGAAAGAAACGAUUUUUGGGGGGGAGGAGGAGGAGGAGGAGGAGGCGGCGGCGGCGGCAGGUCUCCGCACACGGCUGUCUCUAUGCGCCCAUGAGAGGCUGAAGACAGGAAAAAAAGCCGGGGGGGAAAAAAAAAGCAAAAAAAGUGGAGGGGAGACAGAGUUAAAGUUGCCGCAGCUAUGGCGUACCCUCAGGGCUACUUGUACCAGCCAUCCGCCUCCCUGGCCCUCUAUUCGUGCCCGGCAGCCUACGGCACAAGCGUCAUCUCGGGACCCAGGACGGAGGAGCUCGGUCGUUCGUCGUCCGGCUCGGCGUUCGCACCCUACGCCGGGUCCACCAGCGCCUCGUCGGCAGCCGCCGCCGCCGCCGCGGCGGCAGCGGCCGCCUUCAGCGGCGCUUCGCCGGGCUACAACUCGCACCACUUGCCGUACGGCGCAGACGCCGCGGCGGCUGCGGCGGCCACCUUCACCUCGUAUGUGAGUUCCCCCUACGACCACUCCACGGGUAUGGCCGGCUCCAUCGGGUACCACCCGUACGCAGCGCCCCUUGGCUCCUAUCCGUACGGCGACCCGGCCUACCGCAAGAACGCCACGCGGGACGCCACCGCCACGCUCAAGGCCUGGCUCAACGAGCACCGCAAGAACCCGUACCCCACCAAGGGCGAGAAGAUCAUGCUGGCCAUCAUCACCAAGAUGACCCUCACCCAGGUCUCCACCUGGUUCGCCAACGCUCGCAGGAGGCUCAAGAAGGAGAACAAGAUGACGUGGACGCCGCGCAACCGCAGCGAGGACGAGGAGGAAGACGAGAACAUCGACCUGGAGAAGAACGAUGACGACGACGCCACCCCCAAUAGCAACAACUUCAAACCCACCGGAAACAAGACUCAAGAUUCAUCGGAUACUGAAGCAGAUGCCAAAGGGCUGCACGCAGUGGACGUGGGCUGCGAACGCUACAAGGAGGACCCCCUGCACCCGAAGGACGCGGACCCCCUCCUGAGCGACUCCGAGUCCAAAGACCCUGAGGACUCGCAGGAGCGGACUACGGACUUGUUGUUGGAUUCUUCCUCCUCCUCUUCAGCCUGCGGCGGCAAGCCCACCACGUCGUCGCCGCGCGCGGCGGGGGCUCCUUCGUCCGAGCUAAGCCACGCGCCCACCUCCGUCAUCCACUCCCCCCCUUCGGCCCCUAAACCCAAACUGUGGUCCCUGGCGGAGAUCGCCACGUCGUCGGACCGGUGCAAAAGCGGCGGGGAGACGCAGCAAGUCCAGCGGGGCGAGCAGCAGUCUUGCCCGGUGGUCAUGGGCCCCGCGUCGGGCUCCCCUUCCCGGUCCUCCCCCGGCGUGCUCUCGCGGCCCCUUUAUUACGCGUCGCCCUUCUACCCGGGCUACUCGAACUACCACGGGGCCACUUUCGGACACCUCCACGGCUCCGGCCCCAGCGGCACCCCCUCCUCCACGGCGCACUUCAAUGGAUUAAACCAGACUGUGUUAACUAGAGCCGAAGCUUUGGUGAGGGAGAGCCACAGAGUGAGAGGCCAAGCGCAGGUUGAGCUUUGUAAAGACCCCUCUUACGAACUCAAAAAAGGUAUGUCAAACAUUUAACAGACCACCCCCCCCCCCAAAAAAAAAAAAAAAAAAAUCAAACCAUGAACUUCUUUUUAAAUUAUUUGGAAAACAAAUCCAGCAUCUGAACAUUCAAUUCGCCCCCUUCAUUGGAGAAAAGAAAUGUUUAGUUUCCCAACGAGUGUAAAUGAGAAUGGUCUUAAAGGCUUCAGCCGAAGUUAUUUGUAUUAAACAUGUAUAUUUAAUGUAGCAAUUUUUUUUGUAUUUAAGAAAAUGGACGACACGCUAUCUUUGAAGUAAAUUAUGGAGAAAGGAAAAACUAUAUAAAUAUAUUUGUGCAGCGGUUAUUUUGUGGAUGGCAGUGUGUUUCUCUAAAACAAAACAAAACAAAACAAAAAAUAAAAAAAAUGGGGGGGGGGGGAACUAAUGCGCGACCUGGCGGACGCGUCUAUGACCAUUUUCAUUGCGAAUAUGACAAAAAAAAAAAAAACACCUGAAGAUGAAACAUUUUCAAAUGCAUUUGUUUUCAAUGGCGUUAAAAGGGAUCCGAUCCGUUCUUAUUAAAAAUUUCCCUUAUAAUAAGCCGUUUAAAGCCAAUUACUUGGCGUGUUUUACGCCGCGCAAUCAGGUGUUGGACCGAGGUAAUGAGCUCGAUUUUAUGCCGAAUUUAGACAUCAUUACCAGUGCAAAGGAAGGCUGCUUAAAAAAAAAAAGAAAAAGAAAAAGACAGCAUAGUGGUUCCAUUAAUGCAAGGCGAGGGACACACUCGCUAUUUUUAACGUCUGUUUGGGCACACACGCACGCGCACGCGCCAAGCGGGUGGGUGGGUGGGUGGCGGUUGGUUUGUCACGCGUGUCGUGGAAACUCUUCCAACCUCCGCAGGUAGGUGUCACACUUGCUCCUGAUUUUACAACAGCAGGCCGCACUGGUUCUGGUCCUGCUGC